AUGCUCCUUUUUACUACUGCAAUUGCCGCGCCUGCGCCUCUGAGCAAGAGGGUCGUUUCUAGCACAGCGUCUGCGAUCCCUGCCAGCGAGACCGUUCUCCCAGCUAGCGAUAGCGCAAACAACGUGAUGUGGAAUCCAGUCGCCGGUACCGGCGCACGGCCUGCCUCUAGCAACACCUCGACCACGGAACAUCAACCUAUUCGUGGGGCGCUCGGUGCGACGAUAGUGGCUCAACAGAAUAAAGCCCUUCAGCAGCAAAAUCCGGAUGCGCUCGCACCGCCGACAACCGAUAGUGGCGUGAUCCCGGGCGGUAACAUCAAAUGGCCGAUGAGCUUGAGCCCGAUACGACUGCAAACGGGCGGUUGGGCCAGACAACAAAAUAUCAAACAAAUGCCUAUCGCGACCUCUAUGGCCGGCGUGAACAUGCGACUCGAAGCCGGUGCAAUUCGGGAACUUCACUGGCACAAGACAGCCGAAUGGGCGUAUGUCCUCAGUGGUUAUCUUCAAGUCACCGCGGUGGACCAAGAUGGCCAGAACUACAUGGGCAAUGUGGGCCCCGGUGACCUAUGGUUCUUUCCUCCUGGAAUUCCUCAUAGCCUGCAAGCAACAAGCGACAAUCCCGACGGUGCCGAAUUCCUGCUUGUAUUUGAUAACGGCGACUUCAGUGAUGACUCAACCUUCCAGCUCACGGAUUGGCUUGCGCACACGCCUAAGGAAAUUCUCGCGAAGAAUUUCGGCACUACUAUUGCCGCAUGGGAUGACCUUCCUGGCAAGCAGCUCUACAUCUUUCCCGGUGUAUCUCCUUCUUCUGACGCUUCGACAGUCGAAGACCCUUUAGGAGAAGUACCGAACCCAUACACAUUCAAGAUGUCCAACAUGACGGCAACACAGCUCCCUGGUGGUUCAGUUAAGAUAGUCGACUCGCGGACGUUCCCUGCCGCAUCGUCGAUUGCCGUCGCAGAUGUAACCGUCGAGCCUGGAGCAAUGCGGUCUGGGAAUGCACGAAUUACAGAGUUUGCGUCGAGUAGCAUUGCUCAAACAUAUGACUUUCAGGCGGGUGACGUUGGAUUUAUCCCUGCAACAUAUGGGCAUUACGUUGAAAAUAUCGGCAAUGACACACUGCACUUCCUUGAGGUUUUUAAUACAGAUGUUUUCCAAGAUGUAAGCCUCAUGCAGUGGCUCGCGUUGAUCCCACCCCAGCUUGUGCAGGCGCACCUGCAAAUCUCAGAUGAGAUUAUCACGAGCUUCAAGAAGGCGAAACAAAUCGUUGUAGGGCCGAAUUGA